UCGAUUACUUCACUACAAACCUUCAGUUCCCAUAUCAAGUACUGCAUGAGAGUAGGCUGAGCAAGCCACAAAUUCACCAUGGUUCUCCGGCAAUGUUUGGCAUGUAACACAGUGAUGACAGAAUCUUGCAGAUCAUGCGUUUGUGGUCACGUGUUCAAAGACGUUAAAAAGAUUGGUGGAAAGAGGUUCUCAGAAUAUCGCGCUGAGUUGUAUAAACGACUGGAAAACAGGAGAAUCAAACGGUUGUUACGACAAAACAGAAAAGCGAGCGAAAAGGGAACUACCCGACAGCCUCUCAAAGAACACGAGGGCAACCGGGAAGAAUCCUUAGCCAUUACUUCAGCCCUCAAGCCAAAGACCCACCCAGUUUAUUCUAGACCACUUCACCGAAGAAUAAAAGGCAAACGAUUUUCGUGCACAGUUAAGCCGCCGUCAGACAAAACAACCAGUGUGCCACCAGAACUUGUGUCCAGGCUUCCAAGUGCUCUGCAAGAAAUCAACAGAAGAUUGACGGGACAAAACUUGAUAUGGUGGACGAUGCACUUAUUAUAAUGGCUACGACCAUCGAAGGAUAAGCUAAACAGGGGACAAUCGAGAGAGCUCGACUCUGUUUUCCCCUUGACUUUUGAUAAAAAAUGGUUAUGCACUGUUACCAGGUAGCAGCCCUGGCUGCAAGACAUGUACAAUUCUGGUAUCAGACUUGACUUCGGCUGACAAACGCACAGCACUGAAUUACAGAACCAAACGAAAGCGUGUCAGACCCUUGGAAAAUUAGUGUCUCCAGCUCGUAUUUAUGAAGUAGAUAAUCAAAGUCCAAAGAACAUUACGAUGUGUGGAUAACUAUGAUCUCGGGAAAGGAGAUAGAGCUGUUAACUAUAGACACUUUGUAUUUAUUUUAUACUUUUUACUUCAAAAAUAAUUCGGUCCGAACCAUAAUCUACCUGUCGAUAAGAAGCAACUCUUUAACAUCUACUGGCAUUUGAGAAACCGGCUACUAGUCGUUUCGUACCCACGAUCUUUUCGUACCCAAUCGUUUCGAACCCCUCAUUUUUUGUCUGGAUCGAUUCUUACCCAUUCAAUUGAGUCGUUUCGUACCCAAUUCAUACGAAUAAGUAUGUUAAGUGAAAUUUAUUACCGUUAAUUAUAAUGAUAUAGCCAGGGGAAAAAAAAUCACACUUUCACUAUAGCAAGUCACAAGCAAUAACAAUAGACUGUUCUGUUAAAAACAUCACAAUUACCGUGCGCUAGGCAAAAUUUUAGUUGUUUUGGUUGGAAAGUCACAAGUAUACACUAAAGAAUUUUGCUUGUAUCUUACUUGAUUAUUUCGCUUGACUCUACUGAAUUUGGGUACGAAACGACUGGACACCGAGAAACCGUGACCAUACCAAAAGCUCAUUUUGGUUUUAUCAUAUAUUCAUUGUAUCUGAAUUGAUAAAGCAAAGCAAAGCAAAGCAAAGCAAA